CACAUGUUACUCGGGCACAGAAUGAUAUAAAGCAGGCCGUCGUCGCUAGAUUGAAUGAUAGCAAGUCUACUCACACUCGUUUGACAACUUUCAGUUUUUCAUUAUGUUUUCCAAUUGUUUCAUUCCUUUUCUUCUGGCCUCCGCCCUGCCGUCCGUCCUGGCUGACGGUUACAGCAACAUCGAUCGGUCUGCCACCUCGGGAGCCCAGUCUCUCCUCCGACUGAUCCAAUCCCGGUUCGGAUCUCAAUAUCUUUCCGGCCAGCAGGAUCUGGCCAGCCUUCAAUGGGUGCAGGAGAAUAUUGGCAAAACUCCCGCCAUCCUAGGCAGUGACUUCAUGGAUUACACUCCCUCCUCUGUUGCGCACGGCUCCAAAUCCAACGCCACCGAGGACGCCAUCAACUUCCACCACCAAGGCGGUAUCAACGCACUCGUCUGGCACUGGCGGGCACCAGCCUGUCUCUACGAUACCUCUGAAAACCCCUGGUAUACAGGAUUCUACACCAAGGCAACGUGCUUUGACGCCAAAAAGGCGCUGGCCGAGGCAAGCCACAACGGAACCAACUAUGGCCUCCUGCUCCGCGAUAUCGACGCCAUCGCCGCUCAAAUCAAGCGUCUCUCCGCAGCCAACGUUCCGAUCUUGUUUCGUCCCCUGCACGAACCCGAGGGCGCAUGGUUCUGGUGGGGCUCCCAAGGGGCCGACACAUUCCUCGAGCUCUGGGACCUCGUCCACACCCGCAUCACGGUGCAUCAUAACCUUCACAAUAUCGUCUGGGUAUGCAACACCGCGGACCCCAAGUGGUAUCCUGGCAACGACAAGUGUGAUAUCGCGACGAUCGAUCACUAUGCCGACGCUGGGGACCACGGAGUCCUGGAGCAGAAAUGGCAUGCGCUGUACGAAGUGACUGGCGGUCAGCGAGUGCUGGCGUUAGCUGAAGUCGGCGUCAUUCCGGAUCCGGAGCAGCAGGCCAAGACUAACACACACUGGGCCUACUGGAUGACCUGGUCUGAGGAGUUUAUUAAGGAUGGCAAGUACAACACCAAGGAGUUUCUUCAGAAGGUGUACGAGAGUCCUUACAUUGUCACGCUGGAGGAUGCUCAGAAGCAUGGCAAUGGAACACUCUCGCGUCGUCGCCGUUUCUAGGGGAAUGAAGUUGCUUCACAAAACAUUAAGAGGUAUAUUGAGUGUUUUCGUUUGGUCCUACCAGCUUAGAAAGGUGUUGUACCUGGUCUUGAACUUAUUGUUAGGUAGUUGUGCUGCCGUGAUGUAGACACUAGUCGCUCUUUGAAUUCAUUCCGUGUUGUUCCCGC